AAGAAUGUCAACCAUCGAUUUUUGUUUUGACGGGAUGUUUUUAAUUUUUAGGCAAAAAGUAGCAAUGAAAACUAGCAUUUAAAGAUAAUGUUUGAUAUUCAACGUGACGUUUUAGCAAUAAUUAAGUUCAGGAAAAAAGAGGACAUUGAAGAAACCACUUGUAUCUUUUCGAGAGCUUUUAUUAGAAACAAGAGUGUUCAAUGUGUUUUGCCAAUUGAAUACAAAGAGGAGGUUACGAAAUCUUCAAGUGACGGUGAAAUAGAGUUGACUGCUGAAACUAAUAGAAACAGUAGUGUAAUUUACAAUGCUCAAUCAGAAAAGUACCAAGGGGUACAAGAAGAUGAACAUGUUCCUAUUCAUAGAGUUGAAGCCGAUCACGAAAAUUUAAGUUGCUACUACAGCGCUUCCCAUACUGACAAUCUGUCUACGGACGAACACGAUAGUUUGAGAGACGUCAAAGAACCCAGUGAACCUACCACGUUGCUCAAGGAGUUGCACAUAUCCGACAGCGGUACCGAUUUGUCAGAAAAAGGCCGAUCCGAAGACAGUGACACUCAUUGGCAGAAAUUUUGGGCUGAGCAUGGUGAAAAACUAAUAUGGGAAUCGUGGAUAACUAAAUACAGCGCCUUUAUCAAUCCCAGUUACUUAAACUACGGAAAUACCGGGGAAUCACCCCUCGAAGACGCUAGCGGGAGCCAACCUGAAUCCAGGCCUGACCGUUUUUCGUUCGAAAAGAAAGACCUCAGGAACCUCAUUUCCGAGUCGGUCACUAAGAGCGACUCCGAAAAGUCCGCCAGAAUACCGAUACUGACUAGAUUUCUAUCGACCAGCGACGACGAAAAAAUAUCCGGUGACGUAUCGGAAGGUUGGAACCCUCUCUCACCCAUAAGUCUCGAUUGCGAGACAGAAGCAGAACGACUCCUGAGCUCUCGUUGCGGCUCGCACACCAGCAGCAAGUCCCACAGAACGGUGGAUUCUAUGACCAACGUCACUCGACUGACAGUCAGCUCUUUGGAGUUCGUUCACAGUUCGAGUUCAGACAGCAUAUCAACCGUCAGCUCAGUUCCAAGUUCAGAUAAUUCUGAACCCUCGGAAGAGGACUACCAGCACCAGUGGAACGAGCUGUGGAGGGAUCACUACGAAAAAGAGUACUUGUUCCACUAUAACCAGUUCCUAGCGCGGGAGAUCGAAGCAAGGGAAGAUAAAGGUAGCGAUUCGGAAACGGUCGUAACAUUGGGCGACUUGAUUGAAGGUUUGAAGAUGACUGAGGAAGAGAAUCAGGAUCAGGACGAAACGUUAGCGAUGGAAGCGAUGGGGUUGCCUGCCGCUUUCGGAAGUGGACAGAAGUCGAGCAAGGUGUCUAGAGAUGGAGAAGGUGGUGCAACCCUUACAAAGAUGCCAUCUUUCGAAUCGGGAAGACAGAAAAUCAAGGCCGCCAUGAACCUAAUAAUGGCUGAAUUUUCCGAAGGUUCCGACGAACACAUGACCGGCGAAGUCGAGUACCGUACCAAGCACAUCAGGCAUCAAAACAAACACCUGAAGUUCUCCAAGGAAGCGAGACACGUGUAUUUCGACGAGGACGGCGAACCGAUCCCGCCCUCUGAGGGUUUACGACAUGACGUUUCGGUCGAGGAACAGGCCAACGACGUGAUACUGUCAGUGUUGAGCGACAACUCGGAGGAUGACAGGUCCGAUACGGAGGUGGUAGAGAAGGUGGAGGAGAUUCCUGCGCCUGCGACGCAGAAAAGGAAACGGAAAAAGAUGAAGAAGAAAAAGGUGAUGUAUCCGCCGGAGGUGAAGGCCUGUCAAAAGAUAAAGAAAUAUUGGUCGAGGAGGUUUUCCUUGUUCAGUCGGUUUGACGAAGGGAUCAAAUUGGACGAAGAAAGUUGGUACUCUGUGACACCGGAAAAGGUAGCGAAACACGCAGCUGAACGAUGUAGUUGUGACGUCAUCGUAGACGCUUUUUGUGGGGCCGGCGGAAACUCAAUACAGUUUGCUUCGACUUGUAAAAGAGUCAUAGCAAUCGAUAUCGAUCCUAAAAAAAUCGAACUGGCCAGAAACAACGCCGAAGUGUACCAGGUGGCCGACAAAAUCGACUUCAUAACUGGCGAUUUCUUCCAACUGGCUGACACCUUGAAAGCUGACGUAGUAUUUCUCAGUCCACCUUGGGGUGGACCAAGCUACCUGAAAGAGCCAGAGUAUGACUUGGAAACCAUGCUGCAACCUUUUUCGUUUUCGAAGUUGUUCGCUGCCGCUAGUUGUAUAUCGAAGAAUAUAGCUGCUUUCUUGCCGCGAAACUCAAAUACUUAUACGUUAGUACAUUGUGCUGGACCUGGAGGAAAAGUGGAGAUCGAACAAGACUUCAUCAACAACAAGCAAAUCGCAAUCACAGCCUACUAUAAUGAUUUAGUUAAAGAAUAAUCUAUCCUAGAAAAAUAAAUACCUAUAUUAUUGUACUGUAACGAGUAUAUUACGUUAAGACACUGGUGGUUCAACCGAUUUGCUCAAUCUGUUCACUGUCACAAGUUUCACAAGAGUUUUUGAUUUUUUUAAAUGUACCAAGAAUGCCAAGUUAUAUACAGAUUAACUUGAUUUUUCCACCAGUCGUUUAAUCUAAUACAGGUCAGAUCAAAAGGAAAUUUCGUCAAAUCAACCAUGUUAUUUUGGAACAUUUUGCAGAUUGUCAAAUAUUCCGAAAGAUCAAAUUGGCUUUCAACAUUGACACAGCCAUAAAAACUAUUUUAUCAUCUAAAGCCUGCUUUAUUAGCUUUGUUCGGGUUCUUGUUAUUACCGAUUCUGAACCGUUCUAGAACUGUGAUGCGUAUGCGCAGAAGAAAAUAUGAAGACAUUAUUUCAUUUGCGCAUGCGCUGCAGAGUUCUAGGACGGUUCAGAAUCGGUAAUAACAAGAACCCGAAAAAAGCUAUUAUAAACGCUUUUCUGUAUGACCAAUAAGUUUUAUGAUCAAGCUGGCGUUGGAUGUUCACAGUUAGCUAAAUUUUAGUGUAAUUUCAGAUAAGACUUCAAUCUGUCAUUGUCUAAAGUUCUCUUCAUUCAAAUUUUGAUCAAAAUUCAUAAUGCAGGUAUCGUUAAACAGCAAAAUGUUGUUUUUAUUUUAUUCAGAAUAUUGAGGAUAUUUCUUUUAAGUCCAAAACAUUUUUAGAAAUCUUAUCUGAUAUUAUUUUAACUCCUUAACAAACUACAUGUAUAAUCAAUAUACAUAUAGAGAUAAGAAAUAAUAUUUUAUUUAUUUUUAGGAUUAUUGUUAAGAUAUAACUCUUUUUUCAAUAUUUUUUAGUUUAUGUCGCAGUAGACAAAUAAUUAGACAAUAUAUUUUACAGUUCUCUUGGUUAGAGUACACUUCAUUAUAACUUUUGAUCAUACUACAUUAUAAGGAUCUAACAUUGAUAAGAUUCUUAUAAUUAUUGCUAUUAUAGGUAUAUGAAGGGUAAGGCAAAAACUGACGAUAUCUAUUUUAUGGAAUUUUUAAGUAACACAUCAUAAAUUGUAAUUGAAUAUUAUAUAUAUAUAUUAUAUUGAAUAUAACAAAUAAUGUCCAAAUAAUAACGUUUACAGUAAUAAAUUUUUGUAUCUUUAACAUGGCAUUUGAUAAUAUUAAAUUAUCGUUUUCUCCGUAAGUCGGUUUUGUGACAUCGUCGGUUUUCCCCUUACCCUUCAUAUGUGGUUGAUUUUAUCGUUUUUUUGGUCAAGCAGUAUAAUAUGGAAUACAGAUGGAAUAUAUUUGAAACUGUCGCUAAAACGAUGCGUGUCAUUUCCUUGUGUUCACGUUAAUUUAUAUCGGUCUGUGAUCACUUUCGUGUAGCUUUUAGGUGUAAUGCAAAGUAAUUUGUAUUUACAUUAUACGUAUUCAAACUC